AAUGAGUCCAUGUAUCGCAGAAUAGUGUACACGCACAGGACAAACGUUUCCGUUUCUGAUCUGAGGACGUGGAUUACAUCUCAUCUAUCUCGAGAUUAGCCCCUGGCUGUUCAGUGUUUUCGGUCUCUACCUCAUCCGAUUCAACCUAGUUUGGCAACGUAAAUAGUAGACAUCUUUUCCACAAAUACAAACCAACGCGUAUAGUUUAUAUACAACUGUUCUUUAAUUCUGGAUCUAUCCAUAAACCAUGCCUUCGAUUGAGCGGACUGAACAGCGGUUUGGCUAUAGCCUACCAUGCCCUAUUAAUUGCGUGCUGAAGUGAUGAUGACGGCCUGUCCCCCGUUUUAUGUUUAUUUCUUCCGCAAGACGAACGAGAACCUCUGCCAUCAGUGGAAAUGGAGAUAUUUUUUUUUAAUUUGUGCCCAUUAAACGGAUCCUUUUAAAAUGGUGUGUGCGAACACUGCUAUCAGCAGAAAAUGGAACUACGAACAUGGGUGUAUUUCAUAUUCGAAACGGACACUUGUGAGAUGAAGGAUUACAAGAAAAGCAAUGGCAAUUUUGAUCAAUCAUUGACACUUCGACGAGAGGAAGCAGGACAACUUGAUGUGUGAAUAUAGAAUCAACGCGGCUUUGACAAUAGCCUGGUUGCAUAGAUGGCAAAUACAAGUGAGUUUGGGGAAAGCAAUCCUUCACUACAGAAUUAUGCUAUCACCGCCUCUGCGGUGAAACUGGCCUCGCUCGGUCUGAUCAUUUGCAUGAGCCUUGUAGGGAAUGUGGCGCUGUCCCUACUGGUGCUGAAAGACAGCUCCCUUCAAAAGGCUCCGUAUUAUUUUCUACUUGAUCUGUGCUUGGCAGAUAUAAUACGGUCUACCGUGUGUUUCCCCUUUGUGAUGAUAUCAAUCAAUAACGGUUCCACCUGGACAUACAGCAUUAUAAGUUGUAAGAUUAUUGCUUUCAUGUCAGUCCUUUUUUGUUUCCAUGUAGCGUUUCUGCUCUUCUGCGUCAGUGUCACCAGAUACAUGGCGAUAGCACACCACAGGUUUUAUUCCAAACGAAUGACAUUAUGGACAUGUGUGGCAGUGAUUUGCAUGGUCUGGACCCUCUCUGUCGCUAUGGCUUUCCCCCCUGUAUUCGACGUUGGCACCUACAAAUUCAUCCAUGAGGAGGAACAAUGCAUUUUCGAGCACCGAUACGUGAAAGCAAACGAUACCCUGGGCUUCAUGUUGAUGCUGGCUGUCAUCGUGGGAACAACACACGUUGUUUACAUAAAGAUGCUGUGUUUCGUUUAUGACCACCGCAAGAUGAAACCCGCUCAGCUGGUCCCAGCUAUAAGCCAAAACUGGACUUUCCACGGGCCAGGUGCAACUGGGCAGGCAGCUGCCAAUUGGAUUGCGGGAUUUGGACGUGGCCCCACCCCACCAACAUUAGUGGGCAUCAGGCAAGCCUCGCAUAAUGGAAACAGGCGGCUGCUUGUCUUGGAUGAAUUUAAAAUGGAGAAACGCAUAGGGAAAAUGUAUUACAUGAUAACUCUGGCGUUUCUUCUCUUCUGGGCCCCGUACAUAGUUGCUUGCUACCUUCGAGUUUUUGUCAAGGGAGGCACCAUUCCACAGGUCUACCUGACUGCGGCGGUGUGGAUGACGUUCAUUCAGGCGGGGGCGAAUCCCAUUAUUUGUUUCAUAUUCAACAAGGAGCUGAGGAUCCGUCUCAGAGCUUGUUUCCCGUGUUGUCUCAGCACACAGACGCCUAUGUCUAUGGAGCCUUACUGUGUCAUCUGAUAGGUUCAACUGUUGUUUUAGACAAGGGAAAACAAACAGAACUGUCAUGUUGGUAUUAAAGCAUAUAGGUGAUAUUUCUCAAUCGCUCUGCUUGCCCAAUUUUUCCACAUAUGUUGAAGGCCACAUUUUGUGAUUUGCACAUACAGAAAGUGUAUAAAGUUGCCAAUCUUGAUUUCAAAUACUAAUAAUUUAGCAUAUUUUAUGAAUCUCAUUAGUAUUUUCUUUGAGUAUAGCCUAGGCCUAUGUCAACCCUGUGAGAAAGACAUAUGACGUGUGUAAUAUUCUGUAAAGCUAUUUUGUCGCUUUAUUCUGAACAAACCAACAAAAAAAAGACUUUGUAUCUUUCAGAAAAUCGUAGAAUUAUUUGUGUGGAGAAAGUGUUAACUCACUUUUACAGUCAUUUGCAAAUACAUGUUCUUCCUGGAUGUUGACAUAAUCUGGUGAUACAAAUGCAUCCCUUGUACAUUCCCGGUAAAAUAGACAAAUCAUUUGUUUUUCUAUGGACAAUGACCAUGGGACUCUAAAAGAAGAGAAAGUGUCAGUGCUGCAGAGAGGUGUUUGCUUUGUUUGGACUUCUGAGUAAAUAAACAACACAUGAAUGAUGA